AUGCACUAUUAUGGGGAGCGAUAUAAACACCUAUACCUGCCGGGAUCGAGCUACAUCACUGAAAGCCUCCAGCAGUGCAUGCCCCAGCCUGAUGCAUGCAGCACCACAUGCCACCCACUGAGCGUGAUCAAGAGCCCGAUGCCCAGAUGGCAAAGCUAUGUGCAACCUUUCACUUACGUCUGCUCACAGCCGACUGUGACCCAGAGCCAGCUGCUGUCUUGCCAGCCCUAUGUCCAGCCAUGCGUCCUGCUGUGCCCUGAGCCCUGCGAGACCACUCGCCUGCUGCCUUGCAGGAAGCCCAGCGUGAAGCUGAGCACGACGCAGAGUUUCCAGCCCUGUGAGAAUGGCCACUACGAGAAGAAGCGUGUGGCCAAGAGCCUCCCACCCUGUGCACCCAGGUGCCCAGAGCCAGGCAAGCUGAGGUUCCCACCAUGUGGGAUCAAAUACUCGGCCUCCUGCAAGGAUGAGCGUUCAUCACAGAAGAUAUCCAGAUGCUCGUCUCAGCGGUAUGGCACGGAGCUCCGGUCCCUGCAGGGGUUGACCGGCGGCUAUUCCCCACCGCUGCGGGGAGUCACUGAGUGUCCCCCGCAGAAGUACGUGACACAGUGCUUUCAGCAGGAAUAUGUGAGCACGUUCCCUCACCAGAAGUGCACGAAGGGGUACCCGACACAGGAGUGCAUCACCACCUACACCUCGCAGCAGAAUGGAACCAAGAGCUUGCAGCAGCCACAGGUGCCUAAGUGCCCCCCCGGCACCAGAAUAAAGGAGAGCUCAUCACAGCAACGCGUGACCAAGUGCUCACUGCUGCAGGAGGGGGUCAAGCACAAGAGCUCAUCCAUGCAGCACAUCAGCAAGUCCAAGUGCCUCCACUCGUGUGCCAACCAGCACUCGCCACGGCACCACUCAGGGGGGGUGAAGCGUUCGAGCCACCCCAAGAAGAGCCGCUGUGCUUCGAAGUGGCUCUGGUGA